AUGGCUGGCGGCUUGUCCAAAAAGGCCACCAACGCGGAGCGGCCCUCCGUGGAGAAUGUCGAAAACCCCAAUCAACAGGCCCCAAUCAUCUCAUUCAACCCAUCCGAAGAUGUCUCUUACGGCCGUAACGGCAUCAUGGGUGUCCUCGACUCGCCAUAUGUUUGCGGAGCCGCUCUUCUCGCCUCCCUCGGAGGCUUCUCCUUUGGCUAUGACCAGGGUGUUAUCUCCAUCAUCAAUGUCAUGUCUCAGUUCCAUGCUGUUUUCCCUCGCGCUGAAACAGCUUUUGGUAAAAGUCUGAUGACGGCUAUGCUGGAGCUUGGCGCCUUCAUCGGUUGUAUCUUCAUGCCUGCUCUUGCCGACAAAAUCUCUCGGAAAAAAGCUCUCGUCUUCGUCGUCGUCAUCUUCAAUAUUGGUGCUAUUAUGCAAACCGCCGCACCCAACUACGAAGUGUUGGUUGCUGGUAGAACGAUCGGCGGUAUUGGAGUUGGAACUCUUGCCAUGGGUGCACCGAUCUACAUUUCUGAAGUCGCGCCUCCCAAUUUGCGAGGUACCCUUCUUGUCCUCGAAUCCAUCUCGAUCGUCUCUGGCGUAGUAAUAUCCUUCUUCAUUACCUACGGCACUCGCCAUAUGGAGGGUGAAAUUGCCUUCCGUCUUCCUUUCGGCCUCCAGAUGGUUGGAUCCACCCUCCUCGGCAUCGGUAUUCUCUUCUUCCCCUACUCUCCCCGAUGGCUCGCCCUCGUCGACCGAUCCGAUGAUGCUCUAAAGUCUCUCGAGCGCCUCCGCCGUCUCCCUCCCACCGACUCACGCAUCCAGGCUGAACAUGUCGGUAUCAUGACCGAAGUGAGAGUCCAGCGUGCCGUCCAGGCGAAGAAUCAUCCCGGAAAGAGCUGGCUCCAGCUCGAACUUCUCGGCUGGCUCGACCUCUUCCGCGGCCCAACCCUGCGCCGCACCUAUGUUGCAGUCGGAGUCGCAUUCUUCCAGCAGUUCUCAGGUAUCAACGGUUUCAUCUACUACGCACCGACCCUGUUUCAAUCCCUGGGCCAGAGCGAAGAAAUGUCGCUCAUCAUGUCCGGUGUCUUCAACGUUCUCCAACUUGUAGCCGUCAUAGCUUGCUUCACUAUCAUUGACAAGGUCGGCCGUCGACCUCUCGCUAUUUGGGGUGCCCUCGGUGGUGGCAUCGCGUGGACCGUCAUGGCCAUCCUUUCAGGCUUGUACUCUCGCGACUGGUCUGCCAACCCUGCCGCCGGCUGGGCCGCCGCAGCCAUGGCCUUCCUCUUCGUCCUUAUCUACGGCGUCUCCUACUCUUGCCUCGGAUGGGCCCUCCCCGCCGAAGUCUACCCCAACGCCAGCCGGUCCAAGGGUGUCGCCCUUGCCACCGCGACGGUCUGGAUCUGCAACUUCAUCGUCGGGAUCGCCACGCCCCCCAUGCUCGAGCAGAUCGGAUACGGAACCUACAUCUUCUUUGGUGCGUGGUGCUACAUUGCCGUGGCCUGGGCUUACUUCUUGGUUCCCGAGACCAAGGGCAAGACUCUGGAGCAGAUGGACGAUGUCUUCAACGACAGCUCCGCACAGGAGGAGAGGGAGAUUCUGCAGGCCCAGUUUGCGGUCGAGGCGGAUCUUGGAAAGGGGAGCGCAGUGAAUGUAGAGAAUGCAUAG